CAUGGAUGUGUGUCCGGCCGCUGGCGCAUUGGGAGGCGCUGGAGCUGGAGAUUUGGAUCCAGCAUUCGCCGAUGCGACAGCGAAGCUCUCGAAUGCAUCGCUUUUCUCAAGCGACAGGAUCGAGGUCUCAGUCGAGGUGUGCCUGAAGCCGACGAGCUCGGCGCGUCACGAGGAUGUCAAAGACGCGAUUGAAAGAAUGCUUCACAAUCAAGGCCUAUCCCUCGUCGAUGGUCCUGUGAACUUUCAACAAACGGAAGAGGCAUUUCUCAUUGAUAACGUCCAAAGUGUUCUAUGCGACACAGGUCGGGGCACUGGGGACUGCGUUCUCCUCUUCUGGCAAGUGUACUUCAAAGUGAGCGUUUACCAGCUGAACGAGGAAGGUGCAGCAGAUGACGAGGGAGAUGGUGCGGAGGAGCUACCGAGUUUUCAAGAGUGGUCCCUGCCAGCGAAAGAAUUCCAUGGACUGUGGGAGAGCUUGAUAUACGCCACCGGCUUGAAGCAGAGGCUUCUUCAAUACUCGAAGACAGCCGUGCUGUUCGCCGACAAAGGAGUCGACCACAACCUUAUUUCGUGGAAUCGAGUUAUAUUGCUACAUGGUCCACCAGGAACGGGGAAGACUUCCUUAUGCAAAGCGCUUGCACAAAAGCUUGCAAUCCGCUUCAAGGACAGAUAUCACUCAUCACAACUCGUCGAAGUUAAUGCGCAUUCUUUGUUUAGCAAGUGGUUUUCAGAAAGCGGCAAGCUGGUCACCAAGCUUUUCCAAAAAAUCCAGGACCUGGUUGAAGACGCCGAUUCCCUUGUGUUCGUCCUGAUAGAUGAAGUUGAGAGCUUGGCAGCCGCAAGACAGGCUGCACUUUCGGGAUCCGAGCCUUCAGACUCUAUCAGGGUCGUCAAUGCUCUGCUCACGCAGCUUGACAAACUGAGAAGCUGGCCUAAUGUUGUUGUUUUGACCACAUCAAACAUCACUGGAGCAAUUGACCUUGCAUUUGUUGAUCGAGCGGACAUAAAAGCAUACAUUGGACCACCGACGCUGGAAGCUCGAUACGAAAUCCUACGAAGCUGUAUGAAAGAGCUGGAAAGGACUGGACUAAUUUCAUCCUCCGCGAAUGGAUCCAUCAGCGAGACCUUCGUAAGCUACGACACACUAUUACAGUCUAUGAACUGCAGCAUGCCUGACAUCCUUUCCAAUUCAUUGCUUCAGACUGCUGAAGCUGCCGAGGGACUCAGUGGACGGGUGCUGCGAAAGCUACCGUUCCUCGCUUACGCUGGCAUGGCCUUGGAAACUAAAGUCGACACUCACCACUUUCUGGUGGCACUGAAAGAGGCAGCGCAACGAGAACGAAGCGAGCGUGACACGAAUGACAAGUAGGGGAGCAGGCCGAGCAGCGAGCGCUGGCCCUGGCUCUAUCAAAAGGCCGUAAUUCUCGAGUUCUUCUCCCCCAAGUGCACAUAUAUCCGCAAUGACAAUGCCUGGUUUUUCAGCUACACCACUACUUCGAUAGCCAGAGGUGCUUUAUCAAAUACGUCCCAUGCUUCGUUCUCCUGGAUAGAAAGACGAAAGUUCCCUCCAUAGUCUUCUCGAUCGUCCGAUAUUCGCCAUCGGACGGCUCUGUAAGAUUUUGUUCUAAACUGGGUUGGCAGCCCUAAAUUGUGGGACGUGCCCCUUUACUCAAGGAAAUUGUUUGCGGCUUCGCUUCU